CCCGCGGCGGCUUUCUCCUUCUCGGCUCGAGCACUUGAAAACACGAUGUGCUUGGACGUCCAGGCCAUCGAAAAAGCACUUCUCACAGGGAAGUGGGAUAACGGGCUAGAUAGCUCGUCAGAUGCACCCGUUUUGAAAAUCGCUAAAAACGUGGUGAACGGCGAUUUUCGCGAUCUCACAGCGUCACCCAGCCGAGAUCUGUUUGCGGUAACACAAUCUAACGAGGACCUCGUUGACCGCCCGCUCACCAAGUGGUUCGACUACACCCAAAGACUAUCUUCAGGAACACCAGGCACGCCGGAUGACGAGCUACUCCGGCUCUCCUGCGCGGUGGCGUGCCUGCACGCGUUCCUUCAAGCUAACUGGACGGGCCCCCACCUAGACAUCAAGCCACUAGACGUUCUCGCUUUCAGCACCCCAUUUUCUCAGCUCGUGAACGAGGAUCUGCUCCACCAGAAAGCAGUAUCGGAGCUAGCUUACGGCGGCGAACCUGCGUACCAUCUUGCCAAAUUCCCAAUAUUCCUUCAGCUUGCACGCAUCCUCCUCGACACCCCAUUCCAGCAUUGCCGAUCAGUCCCAUGGUGGAGGCUGCGCACUUGGCGCGUACACGAGCAAGUUUUGGACGAGCCCGUGGCCGUGCCCGAGGACGUUUUCACCGCAGUCUCACCGCUCCUGGACGGUUUUGCCUCCGAGCCUGAUGUCGCCGGCCGAUUAUUGUUGGAACAGGGCUUACUCGAACACUACGUAGGACAUGACAAAUCGGCGGCAGACUAUUUCGUACGAGCGGCACGGGCGACCGAACUCGAGUACGAGCUAACUGGCGCGCUAGGCAAGCGCACGAAGUUCCAAGAAACGGACGUAACGCAGCUCGUCCUCCUGGCCGAGUCUCGUGUCCGUGGAGACGGCACCGACCCUACCCAAGACGCGGGCGGAGUCAAUGGAGAGGGACCCCAGGCGGGCUCCACCAAUGGGACCGUGGAAACCGCCAAACCAAGUAAUGCAGCUGCGAAGGCAUCGGAGCCCGCACUCCCUGAAACACUCCUACUUAACGACGACACGCUAUUAGAGCAGACGGCCUUCACUUCGUCAACAAACGCUGGUACGCUCGGCUCCCGUCUCUCCCGCAUCGACCCUGCGUCGCAACCAGCGCUGCAUCCGCUUGAUCAAGCCGUCCUCCUUGCCCUCUGCCUCAAUGUCAAGAACACGUCUCCCGUACAUGGCCUCACGGCUGAGCAGAUGGCGCCGUAUGUUGCACGGGUGAUCUCACACCCUCGUAAUUGGACGGUACACACGGUGGCACUCCUCCUACGUUCCCGGCUCGAGUCCAACCGCACCCGCACCGUCGAGCGGUCCGUCCUCCAGCUGCAGGCCCUCGUCGAUCAGAUGCCUACCGCAGACUCGGCAUUACCCGAACGGCUGCUCUACAUCCACGACCUCCUCCUCCCAAGCCGGUGGGAAAUGGAGAAGGAACUCGCGAACCGCUUCCUGACCAUCGGCGUCGUCAAAUCAGCUCUUGAGAUCUUCGAGCGGCUCGAGAUGUGGGAGGAGGUCGUAAAAUGCUGGGCGAGCAUGGAGAGGGCGGACAAAGGCCGCGCCAUCGUCCGGGACCUCCUCGAUGGCCGCAAGACCGAGGCGGAUACCGUCAUCACACACGGCAAGGCCCUCUCCGAAGCUCGUCGUCGCAGCCUCGAUUCCGCGCGUGAAGCGAAGCUCUGGUGUCUCCUGGGCGACCUUGAGCCUGAGCAUGCGCUUGAACACUACACGCGUGCCUGGGAGAUUUCCCGGGAGUCAUCCGGACGGGCGAUGCGCUCCCUAGGGGGCUAUCAUUUUGCCCGAGGGAACUACGAAGACGCGAUUACCUGCCUCCGGCGAGCUGUGGCUAUCAAUCCCCUCCAGGCCCGCUCGUGGUUCGUGCUCGGCUGCGCCUGCCUCCGGGAGGAAGACUGGGACGGGGCUAGAGAGGCGUUCGUCCGCUGUGUCGGGAUUGACGAUGAAGACGGCGAGAGCUGGAACAACCUCGCGAGCGUGUAUAUGCGGAUGGGGGAGGCGGGAAAGGCGGCGAAGCUGGAGGAUGAGGAUAGUGCCAAGCAGCAGGGCGAGAGCACAGCCCUUGGGGCUGCGGAGAAUCGAAUUCCGUUUGCGAACAAGCUCCUGGCGUUCCGUGCGCUCAAGCAAGGCCUCAAGUUUGCGUACGAUAACUGGCGGAUGUGGAACAAUUACAUGAUCGUCGCCCUCGACGUCGGCGAGCUGUCCGAGGCAUGCCGAGCCCUCAGCCGCGUGGUCGAAGAGCGCGCAGUCAAGGACGGCGCAGCAUGCGUCGACGAGGAUGUCCUCGAUCGUCUCGUCGAAGCCGCCACGCGCGGGCCAGAAGACGCUGGAGCUAGUGGCGGCGAGGGAGCUACUGCAGAGGCCAAGAAGGCGACCCAGACCACCGGCCUCGAGCGACGGGUGGAAGAGCUCUUUACACGUACGAUCCUCCCUCGAGUCUCUUCUCCCCGCAUUUUCCGCGCGUGGGCUCGCCUGCUGACUGCGCAGGGACGGUACGCGGAUGCGCUGAACGCCCACCUGGAUGCAUAUCGGGCUGGGCCGGCUGGGACGAUAGAGAAGGGCGAGACGGAUGUGGAGAAGUGGCGUGGUGCCGUGGGCGAGGUUGAGGAGAUCGUGGACGUCCUACGGAAUUUCGGGCCGCGGUACGGCGAGGGCUUCAAUUGGAAGCUGCAGGCGCGCAGCAUCGUCCGCACGUUCAUGGGGCGGACGAGGGACUUCGAGGACGAGCCGGAAUGGGCGCGGCUGGUAGCGCUGCAGGAGGAGAUUAGGAAGGAAGAGUAGGGAGAUGAGCGCGGAGCCUGAGGUACGUGCGAACGACACGAGCGUCCAGUCCGAUGAACUGAGCUCGGCAGCGGCCUUCCAGGAAGGGGGUUGGCGUGCCUUGGGGUGGCAAAGUUUGUGAUAUGGGCGCGGUGGGCGCCCGGAAGCUAGUCAAGUCAAUGUAACGAAAUGAUUACUCGUGCCAUAAGAGUCACGACUUGCCAGGUCCGCAUGACGUUGAGGGAAUCCGCUAGCAAGUGCACAAGUACACCCAGGAAGCCGGAGAAAGCUCGUCACCUCCCAGCAUUCAAUAAGGACCAAUCAAGUACGUUAUAAUCGUGGCAAUAAGUGGACGGAUGCGUGGAAUAUCCAAGACGAAGGGAACUAGGAAGAGGCCACGGGUCGCUCCCAGUUCGACACCUGAGCGAUACGGUUCAGGAUCAACGUAGACACGAUUUCCGUGACUAUUGGUAUAGCGGCCGGCUUGAGAGUCAGUUUCGCAGCAAAGGGGUCUGUGAGCUGGCUUGUCUCCCAGAGAGCUAUUAGGUUCCCCUUCGCAUCUACGCACUCUAACCGCUGUGUCGAGAUUAGCCUCCAUUUGUAUUCUCGGCGGUCCUGCGCCCAGAAAUAUCGCGACGUGCUGUUUUCUUUCUUCCGGAGUCGUGCCUGUGCCAUCGAGAAAUAGGUACUGUUGCCGUAUAUAAAGUGGCCCGGUGUUCGGUUUGGGCCAAAGUAGAAAUACGAGUUAGAGGGGCCCAUGAUGUCUGGGUGUUGCUCGGCCCAUGGUGCCUCGCGGGCUAUCUUCAUGAUGAGAUUGGGGUUCUCAUCAACCAUCGUGACAGUGAAAGCGAGACGUCUGUCGGGAUCCUCGAAGCGGGCAUUCCAGGGGUCAGCGGAGUACUGGAGGAGAGUGUAGGAGGAGGAAGACAUGUGUGAAAGAUGAUAAGACGGGGCGGGGUAGGUGGAUGGACAUGGCGAUGAAUGUAUGGAUGGGACGGGAGGAGAGCGUCUGCACUGGACGAUCUCAGCUUCCACCACGCCGCCCACCGCCUUGGGGUCGCCCACGUGCCUCCCACGAGGUCCCCCACGCGGCGGUCCCAGAAUCGAUCGGAAGCACCGACGAGAACGACCGCUGCAGGCCUCCCAUCCGACACCGCAAUUCCAAACAAUUCCUCCCUAUUUCCCGUCCCGUCCCGGCCGUCCUCCCUCCGCCAUCCCGGCUAACGAACCCUAAUCGGCCGGGCUCUGGUCCCCGUCCUCCACGGACCCUCAUCACACCCUGCGGCCUCCGUCGGACCACCGCGCCAUCACACCUUUCGGCACCUGCACACUUCUUGCGGGCGCGAACCGCGCCCGAAACAAUCACCACCACCCAAGGAACAUGUUCGGGAACCCCAUGGCGACUGUCCCAGUUGGCUAUCUCUCAACUACGCCCGUGAAUGAUCCCUAACCGCGAGAUCUGAUCUCGGCCUUCAUAACGCAUCUACAGUCGGUGACGACAAGAUCGCCGCAUCUCCGUCUGGCAUAUCGCACAGACAGCCGACGGGUGGCCGUGUGCUCUCCUUCCCUUCUUCCUUCCUGCGUCGCCAUGCUCAGCCUUCCUUCCCGUGCGCCAAUAGCCUGCUCGCGUGCUCACCGGUGCUUCGCCUACCCCUGGUCAGCCAGGGACGAUGCCAAACGCCACUGCCAGUAGCCAGGGUAGCGGGCGAAGGACGAUCGAACCCCCCAAAGAACCUGGCGAACCCGAAGCGCGACCAGCGCCGCCGCCGCCAUGAUUCAAUCGUAUACGUGCACGAUUCCGUAGAAGAGCGUCCAGACGAGCACGAAGGAGAAGAUGUUCUCUUGCCCGGGAUUCACGAGCUCCCACCAGCCCCCGGGCACAAAUUUUGCCGGUUUCCCCUUGCACUUCACGUAGAGACAGGAGGAGGUGAGCAGGGUCGAGAAGACGAAGAGCGCGAAGCCGAGCGUGUUCUCCAGGCCGAGCACCCCUGCGACAGCACCAGAGAAGCAGGACGAGAAAAACUUCACAGUGUAGAGCCGGGCAUUGUUAUACUGGACGUUGGGCUGGAAGAGCAGCUGCGCGGCGGCCUCAGGGGUGGUAGCAGUCGCCGACAUGGACCAAGGCGUGGUCGUGGACGUCGCGGUCGAAGGUGUGGCGGACGCGCGUGUGUGACGAGUGGAGUCACACUGCAGAAUAGUGUCACACUCACGCGAGGGGAUCUGCGGAUCGCGUACCAAAUCGGGACCUGCUUUGCGCUCCUCGCCGCUGAGACUCGACCCAGAGUCACUGCGUCCUCUCCGUCCUCCUCCUCACCGUCUCGAGCAUCCGCAAGCUCACCAUUAGGGCCGCACUUCUCUCUGGGAUCCGACAUGACGAACCAGAGGCAGUACAAGGUCGGCGUCCUCGGCGCGACCGGCACCGUCGGCCAACGCUUCAUCGCGCUCCUCGCAGAGCAUCCUUUCUUCGUGAUCCACGCGCUCGGUGCGUCCGCUCGAUCGGCCGGGAAGCCGUACGGCAAGGCGGUCAACUGGAAGCAGACGAAGCCCAUCCCGAGCGUCGUGCGGGAAUUGGUCGUUCAGGAAUGUAUACCUGAACGUUUCAAGGAGUGUGCUAUCGUCUUCUCCGGCUUGGACGCAGAUGUGGCGGGCGAUAUAGAGCAGGCAUUCCGCGUCGCGGAGCUCGCCGUCUUCUCGAAUGCGAAAAACUACCGGAGAGACCCGCACGUCCCGCUCAUCGUUCCGCUCGUGAACACCUCCCAUUUCUCCAUCAUCCCGCAGCAGCAGCGGCUGCACUCCCCACCCCUCCAAAAGGGUUUCAUCGUCACGAACGCCAACUGCUCGACCACCGGCGUCGUCGUUCCCCUUGCCGCGCUCGAGCGCGCCUUCGGGCCCAUCGAGUCCUGCAUGAUCACGACCAUGCAAGCCAUCUCGGGCGGCGGCUACCCAGGCGUGCCCUCGCUCGACAUCAUGGACAACAUCGUGCCCUACAUCUCCGGGGAGGAGGAGAAGAUCGAGUGGGAGACGCUCAAGAUCCUCGGGGGCCUGGCGCAGGGCGACGACGGCCUGAAGGCGUUCGACAUGCACACCAAGCAGCCGCUCCGCAUCUCGGCGUCGUGCAACCGCGUGCCGGUCAUCGAGGGCCACACCGAGUGCGUGAGCGUGCGGUUCGCCCGCCGCCCGCCGCCCAGCCCGCAGCAGGUUCGCGAGGCGCUCCAGAACUACACGAGCGAGGCGUACACGAUCGGGUGCCCGUCCGCCCCGAGGCACACGGUGUUCGUGCAUGAGGAGGCGGACCGGCCGCAGCCACGGCUGGACAGGGAUUACCAGCUCGGGGCGGGGGUGAGCGUGGGGCGGGUACGGCAGUGUCGGGUGCUGGACAUCAAGUUCGUCGUGCUCGCGAACAACGUCGCGAUUGGGGCGGCGACGAGCAGCAUCAUCAACGCGGAGUACGCGGUCUUAAAAGGUAUCGUCUCAGCCUAGACGCAAGAUUGGGACUCCCGGACGUUGCCCCAGGUCCGUUGGAUAUCAGUUAAAGAGGGAGGGGUAGGGGCCAGGUUGCUUGGCAUGGUAGAAGGGGGGAGGGAUUGGGCGGACGUGCUGGUCCGUGCCGCUGCAGUUGGGAAAAACGAUUUACAUGUACGAGUUAAUGGGCGGAAUGCAAGCAAACACACCACCAUACAUAGACAUUUCAC